AUGGCCACCAAACUGCUGUCGCAAUACCCCUGGGCAUCCAGCCCGUUUGUGGUCAGCGCCCCGAUGCGGGUUAUGUCCGGCCCAGCCCUGGCAGUCGCCGUUUCGCACGCCGGCGGGCUGGGAUUCAUCGGCCCGGGAGUUCAGACACAAAACACAAGUGUUGACCUCGAGGAAGCAUCAUCAAUGAUCCGCAAGGACCCUGGUUCAUCCAGCUUUAACACCCAGUCCAUCCCAAACAAACUCUUACCCGUCGGGGUGGGCUAUCAGCUCUGGGGCGACGAUAUUAACAUUGCAACAGCCACCAUUGCAAAGUUCAAACCAUGCGCCGCCUGGCUGUACGCUCCCCGCCACGGCCCUGCAGAGUUCGACGAGUGGUCUCGCAAAAUCCGACACGCCUCGCCUGGCACCCAGAUCUGGAUCCAGAUCGGCACGCUCGGCGAAGCAAAGCAGCUGCUUGUGAACUCGCAGCGACCAGACGUUGUCGUCGUGCAAGGAGCAGAGUCUGGCGGUCACGGUCGGGCUAAAGAUGGCAUGGGGCUUAUGACGCUGUUUCCCGAGGUGGCGGACGCGAUGGCAGGCAGUAAGAUCCCAUUACUUGCGGCUGGGGGCAUCGCAGAUGGGAGGGGCGUCGCGGCGGCAUUGUGUCUGGGGGCGUCGGGCGUGGUGAUGGGGACACGGUUCCUGGCUGCGCAUGAAGCUCGCAUUAGCCGCGGGUAUCAAAACGAAGUUGUGCGGGCGUCGGAUGGUGCAGCUACGACUACACGCACGUUGCUGUACAACCACCUCAGGGGGACUUUUGGAUGGCCGGAGGAGUACAGUCCUCGAACCAUUGUCAAUCAGUCUUUUGUGGAGCACCAGGCAGGGAGACCCUUUGCAGAACUUCAACAACUCCAUGAUGAGGCCUCCAAGGCUGGGGAUGGGGGCUGGGGGCCACAGGGCAGACUGGCAACCUAUGCUGGGGCAUCCGUUGGGCUGAUUCAUGAUGUGAAAUAUGCAGCGGAGAUUGUCCGUGACGCCCAAGAUGAGACACGCAAGAUCAUCCACGCGUUGGGGGCAGCAUAG